CCCCCCUUCCCCCUCUCCCCCUUGUGGCGGCAAUCUACACGAGGCUGAUGCUAUCUACUAUUCUUCGGGGUUCUCCUUCCUAGUGCACGCGUUUGAAACACGAGGACACACCAGGGGUUUUUAUAAAAUUUAAAGGGAACGGGACCUGUUUGGAUCGACCAUGGCCCCAGCACUGGCACAAGUCAUCGUCACGACAACAGUAUUCGAGGAUGGACCAACGUCGUCCGUCUCUCCAGUCGACAACGCUAACGAAAUCCCAGUUGGUGCAAUCGCGGGUGGCACCGCCGGAGGUGCUUUCCUGGCGUUCUUUUUAGUGUUCGUGUGGAUAAUGUGGGGCAAAAAGAUCAAACAUCAUGAAUUAAAGCAGCAGAAGGAGCUUAAUACCCUUCGUAUAACGAACAAGAACACGAUGAUGAAUGCUUCUAAACUCUCCCGUCCCCGAAUACCUCAUCUCGCACCCGUUUUCUGGGUGCCGGAUUCCACCAAGGUACAGUUCGCAGACAACGUCAAAGGCGGCAAAGCAAGAGAUCCUGCCAAGACGCCUGCAGAUCUGCCGGAACCCAAGCCGUCUCUUCCAAAGGCUCUUCGACCUGCCAGGUCUUCUCCGGACGCGGACCAGCCAAAGUCCAGAGCUCCGCCUUUACGAACAAAAAAGCCUUCGCUGCCAAACCUUCCUUCACUGCUGCAGCUAAAUCGCAAACCAUCUGCGACUAGCUCAACAGAUCCAAAUGAAAACGCGUCACCUGGUGGCCAGAUGGGAGAUUAUGCGUCCAACUUUGAGGAUUUAGGCACGAGAAAUCAAGGAGACACUCAGCGCCUGUCAUGGACACACUUCUUGAGAAGCAGCCGGGGCCGAACCAUCGUAGGUACUGCACUGUCCAGCAGGACGUCGCGGACGUCGCAGGCAACCAGCGGCUCAGCAUACUCACAGCCUGACGAUCCAUCAACAGUGGUUGGUGUUGCACUGUAGAAGAUAUGGACCGAAAUAACGGUACAAUUUACGAUGUAUUCAUGAUUUGGACAGAUUACUGUAACGAUUUGACAUAUUUCU